AUGAACGCAUCUGCCGAAGACGACAGGCCCAGCCAGGGCAAGAAACACACGCUCAAUCGAAUCGAGGAGAGAGCCGUCCGGUGCCUACUAUUUCUGAGCGCUUUGGUCUUUUAUGCCCUCGCCACAGCUCUCACCAUCUUUCUAUGCGCCGGUACAUGGUCAAAGUCGGGGUUGAGAUCGCCGAAAGCCAUCAAGAAUAGCGAGUCUCACCUAGUUACUAUGAGGCCCGACCCUACGAUAGCCUCUUCGAAACCCGCGCUCAUAACCUACAUUGUCUUCAUGAUAUUUACCGUGUGCGUUUGGUUAUGGAAUUUCCUCGUCCGCAUGAUCAAGCACGCCCUCGAUCGGUAUCGCAUCAUGGCUGCGUCGCAUACUCUGGCGGCGGCAGCCUUGCUCGCCGCCUCGACCCUGACGAUGAUGGCGGCCUGCGUGGCGGCUGGUAUGCUCACUAAAUACGAGAGCGUCUUCAACUAUCACAGCGUCGGCAAUCCAAAAUUGGUCAUUACGUGGGUUGCCUCCGUAAGCCAUCUGCUCGCGGAAACGGCGUACGUGACCUCGGUGGUCAAUGGUCAACGACUGCGGAAGCCAGAGCUAUACCCAUCGGAGCCGGAGCCGGAGCCGAGACGUCUAGAAGAAUUCGUUCGCGCAGGCGCUCGGGCGAGGCGCGCAGAAGCAACCCGCUCUCGCGUGGGUUGCAUUCGCGAAGAGCACCAGUCAAAAGAUGCCUAUGCAGACCGCAGGUUGCCGUCGUACUCGAGAGUCGAUCCGUACGCGCUGCGUGCAUCCGUCAGAGGCGAAACGAAGCCAGACGAUGCGUCGGGCCCGCCCAUGGAAAUGAGAGAUUUGAGACCGGCUACGGGUAAUCAGUCUCGUGCGGAUAACUUGGAUGUGCCGGCGCCGGACUAUGAGCAGCAUCAAAUUGCUUCGGGUCGAGGUCCCUAA